AUGACUCCGAUAAGUAAUCAAGACAAUUCCGAGCCGAAAUCUGGAAUUGGAGAACUUUCGACAAUUGUUCCGGCGUCGAAGGUGGACCAGCGCCAGAAUAGAAAGAGAAGAAAGCAGUCUUCUCCGUCUUUCACAUCUACGAGGCAUUUGAGGCAUCGCAAAAGGAAGUUUCAGGCUGUUGAUCCGAAUCUCCAGACCUUUCCAACAAUUCAACCCAAGACGAAUAUUCAUGAUCUUCGAGACUUGAUCAUGUACUCUCUUACUGGCUACAAUAAAGAGCCUCGCUGGUGUAAGGUUGGUAAUCGAAGGGCUAUUGAGAAGGUUAUCUUCAUACACGCUCGAGGUCUUGAGGAGAAGGAUUUUGGGUUUGAACCAAACCAAAAGAUCGAACUUCCUCAAGAAUUGAGUACUCGUAAUGUUCGUGACGAACUUAAGGAAUUCAGCGACAAGUUUCAAAGGCUUAUACCCCUUAAAAUGCCAGGUUCUGGCAAAGCCGUGUAUCCUCUGUUUGUAUCAUUGGCCACUUUCCCAUUGAGCAAAAAGGAGAGAAAAAAGAUGUUUCAGGAAAAUAGAAAUAGGAAAAUAAGUCUUGAAGGGCUGUGUCUCUCAUUGAGUAGUUUACUGACCAAUGAUUAUCCUAUUCAUAAGGAUGUUCCUGAUGCUACCGAGGAAAUGGUUAAAAAGACCGAUGAUUAUCGUAGUACAGUAAAGGUUGAUCAUCCUGGUUGCAAAAUAUUUGCCAUUGAUUGUGAAAUGUGUCUUUCUACUAGUGGAAAAGUGUUAACUAGAGCUUCUCUUACGGACUGGGAUGGAAAAACGUUGAUUGAUGAGCUUGUUAAACCUGAGGAAGAGAUCGUGGACUAUGUAACAAAGUACUCGGGUAUUUCAGAAAAGCUUCUAGAGAAUGUUACGACUCGAUUAAGUGAUAUUCAAGAUAUGAUUAUCAGUAAAGUGUCAUCAGAUGACAUUCUAAUCGGUCAUUCGUUAGAGUCGGACUUGAACGUGUUGAAAAUAAAGCAUCCAAAUAUUAUAGACACAGCACAGUGCUUUGAUCAUCCUCGAGGACCACCUUCAAAACCAUCACUCAAGUACCUUAUGUCUACUUAUAUUCACAGGACUAUCCAGGAUAAGGAUACUGGUCAUGAUUCCGUGGAAGAUUGUACCAGUUGUGUGGAUCUAGUUAAACUGAAGCUUGAGAAAGGAUUUUUGUUUGGAAGAACAUUAACUAUGGCUUCAAUGUUCUCCAGAAUCGCUACUUGCAACAAGAUGGUGACGGCAUCAGAUGGAAUUAAGAUACCGAAGUCAUCAUUGGUGCUAGAUUACUCAGGUCCAAGAAAACUCGGCGAGGAGGAUGAACGAAUUCAGUGUCAUUCGGAUGAUGAUGUGGUUGAGAAGUUUGUGGAAAAAUCUUCAUUGCAUGACUUCGUGUAUAUGAGAUUUGAGGGUCUUGAAUUUGCCAAGCGUUGGAACUUCCCCAAGAAUGGAGAGGCUCCUUUUACUUCAAGCGAAGGGCAGGCUUACAAAGAGUUUGGUCAAAGAUUUGAGAAGGUAUAUAGAGCGAUUCCUAAGAAUUCGGUGGUGAUUGUGUGCUCUGGUAACGGUGACAUGGGUAAGAUGAUUGAACUACAGAAAGAAUGUAAGACAUUCCAGGAGGCCUAUAGGAACAAUCCUAUGAUUAAGAAUGAAAGCAAGGAAUCUGGUUGGACAGAAAAGAAGUCAAGCGAAUUGAAGAAAGCUGUUGAAGAGGCCAGAGACUCGUUCUGUUUUGUGACUCUCAAGAAAGAAGCUGAUGAUGAAGACAUAGCAGUGGUUGAUUAG